UACGUGAAGCUGCACACACCAACCAUUCUUCUCUGAAACGCUUUUCUAUCUUGCUUUCUUACAUCGUUGUUCCAUUUCUCUUGAGUGAUUUCCUAGAAGCAACAAAAAUGUUCAUCGAGAGUUUUAAGGUUGAGAGUCCUAAUGUGAAGUACACAGAGACUGAGAUUGAGUCUGUGUACAACUAUGAAACCACUGAACUUGUUCACGAGAACAGGAAUGGCACUUAUCAGUGGGUUGUCAAGCCCAAGACUGUCAAAUAUGAAUUUAAAACCAACAUUCAUGUCCCUAAAUUAGGGGUAAUGCUUGUGGGGUGGGGUGGAAACAAUGGUUCAACCCUCACUGGUGGUGUUAUUGCUAACCGAGAGGGCAUUUCAUGGGCAACAAAGGACAAGAUUCAACAAGCCAAUUACUUUGGGUCGCUGACCCAGGCAUCAGCUAUCAGAGUGGGGUCUUUCCAAGGAGAGGAAAUCUAUGCCCCAUUCAAGAGCCUGCUUCCAAUGGUUAACCCUGAUGACAUUGUGUUUGGUGGGUGGGAUAUCAGUAACAUGAACCUGGCUGAUGCAAUGGGGAGAGCUAAGGUGUUUGACAUCGACCUGCAGAAACAGUUGAGGCCUUACAUGGAAUCCAUGGUUCCACUCCCCGGAAUCUAUGACCCUGAUUUCAUUGCUGCCAACCAAGGAGACCGCGCCAACAACGUCAUCAAGGGCACAAAGAAAGAACAAGUUCAACAAAUCAUUAAAGACAUAAAGGAGUUUAAGGAAAGCAAUAAGGUUGACAAGGUGGUUGUCCUAUGGACAGCCAACACAGAGAGGUACAGCAACAUAGUUGUGGGACUAAACGACACCAUGGAAAACCUCUUGGCUUCCUUGGACAGGAACGAGGCUGAGAUUUCUCCUUCCACCUUGUUUGCCAUUGCUUGCGUUUUGGAAAAUAUUCCUUUCAUCAACGGAAGCCCCCAGAACACCUUUGUCCCAGGGCUUAUUGACCUUGCCAUCAAGAGGAACAGUUUGAUCGGAGGAGAUGACUUCAAGAGUGGACAGACCAAAAUGAAAUCUGUGCUGGUGGAUUUCCUUGUGGGGGCGGGUAUCAAGCCAACAUCAAUAGUGAGUUACAACCAUCUGGGAAACAACGAUGGUAUGAAUCUUUCAGCUCCUCAAACUUUCCGCUCGAAGGAAAUCUCAAAGAGCAACGUUGUUGACGACAUGGUCAAUAGCAAUGCCAUUCUCUAUGAGCCUGGCGAACAUCCAGACCAUGUCGUUGUUAUUAAGUAUGUGCCUUACGUGGGGGACAGCAAGAGGGCCAUGGAUGAAUACACUUCAGAGAUAUUCAUGGGUGGAAAGAGCACAAUCGUGUUGCACAACACAUGUGAGGAUUCACUGUUAGCUGCCCCUAUUAUCUUAGACUUGGUCCUUCUUGCUGAGCUCAGUGCUCGUAUCCAGUUUAAGGCUGAGCACGAGGGCAAGUUUCACUCAUUCCACCCGGUUGCAACCAUCCUCAGUUACCUGACCAAGGCCCCACUUGUUCCACCAGGCACACCAGUGGUGAAUGCAUUGUCAAAGCAGCGUGCUAUGCUGGAGAACAUCCUGAGAGCUUGUGUUGGAUUGGCUCCUGAGAACAACAUGAUCAUGGAGUACAAGUAAAGCACGGAAAUGAGUAACGCGGUUUGGGAUGAUGAGUUGAAUGUGCCGAAACCUUAUCCCGUGCCCCUCUUUUCUGUAAUAUAUUUUAUUAAUAUGUUUGCUGGCAAUAUGAAAUUUAAAGAUCCAAUGAUCUGUCUGUGUAUUCCCGCCCAGUUAUUUGAGAGCAGGACAUCUAUUUAUGUAAAAUAAUAGUACUAAGUUAUCUAAAAGUGUUUUGUGCUUA